AUGCCUGAAUUCGUUGGCAACUUCGAUCAAACAGAAUUUGAACGGUCGUCGUUCAAUUACGCAGACAUGUCGUCGGUGUUCCACCUGAAGGAUGUCAACUACACCAGACAGUUUGCACACAUUUAUGCCCACAGACUGGUGCAGAUGAGAGACAUUCUUCAAGUGAAAAUACAACAAAAAUGGGGCGAAGGAUGUGAUAUUUAUAAAUUAUCUGAGUUGCAUGAUAAGAUCGGCAAAGAAUGCAUUAUAGUUGGAACACUAUUUAAACAUCAAGAACUAAAACCUAGUAUUUUGAAAGAAAUUAGCGAAGAAAACAAUUUGAUACCUCAACCACCUAGAACUCAUUUUGUUUCCGAUACAGAUGAAGUUAUAUUAGAAGAUGAAUUACAAAGAGUGCCUUUAACAUUUGAUGGUUUGAAUGGCAAUAGUUUAACCUUAAAUAAUAUUAUGACUGGAUGUAUUAUAGCAGUAAAAGGUAUUCCUCAAGAUGGUGGUAAAUUUGACGUACAGGAUUUUUGUUGGCCUACACCAUCAGCUGCAUCUAAAGCACUUACUACUCGUAGUUCGGGAGACGAUAGGUUUCUUGUUUUAAUAAGUGGUUUAGAAUUAGCCACUAAUGUUGCUACUCAUUUUCAAGUACAGUUAUUUGUGGAUUGGAUAAACGGUUUACUGGGUGAUAAAAAAGAAAAUAGUAAAGUCUCAAAAAUUGUACAAGUUUUAAUAGCUGGAAAUAGUAUACGUAGUACUCCAAUGAAAAAGCCAAAUUACCGUGACAAGAUAGAUGAUUUUCCUAGAGACAUUCAAGCAAUCAAACAGUUAGAUGACCUAUUAUUCCAAUUAGCUUCAAGUGUGGAUGUCCAAAUUAUGCCUGGAGAAUUUGACCCUACUGAUAGAACAUUACCUCAACAAGCAUUCCACAGAUGUUUAUUUCCCAAAGCUUCUGAAUAUUCAAGUUUACACAGAGUAACAAAUCCAAAUCAGUUUGAAAUUGAAGGCCAUCUCAUAAUUGGAUCAUCUGGACAAACUGUACAAGAUGUUUUUAGAUUUACUAACUUAGAGGAUCCAAUUGAUAUUAUGGAUAAAAUAUUAGAUUGGGGGCAUCAAGUACCAUCUGCACCAGAUACAAUUCCAUGUUAUCCAUUCGAAGGACAAGAUCCAUUUAUAAUCAAAGAAAUGCCAGAUGUAUUUUUUGUAUCAAAUCAACAAUCAUUUCAGACAUCACUAAAAACAAAUGGCAGUGGCAAACCUACAAGACUUAUAAGUGUGCCGUCUUUUUCAUCAACACAAACUUGUAUUUUACUGAACCUCAAUAAUUUAGAAUGUCAUCCGGUAUCAUUUAAGACAUUUGCACCUUAA